UCGUUGUACAAGAUAUCGUCACUUGCUUCUGGAAUCUCGCGCGAGAAUCACGUACAGAUUUAGUAAUUGAGUUUUAAUUUUUUUAUUAUUCUUUCAAUUUGGUUUCCUGAUGGCUAAAUUCGUGAAUUACUGUAAUUUCCUGUCUCCAAAUUAAUUUCUAUUUGUGAUUGUGUGAAAAGACUUGCAAAUACUCUAUUGAAGACUUUUGUUUCAAAAAUUUAUUCUGGUGGCAUAUAUGUAUCAAUAUACAAACCGGUUCAUUCAAAAAAUGACUAUAACUUUAAUGUACCGCGUAAACCCAAUCUACUAUUCGGACUACUCAGAUACGAUCUAAUUUUUCACCAAAAACAAUUAAAGCUAUUUCAAUUUAAACGUUUUCUUUGCUAUUGGCUUUACGAUUUUGAAUAUUACAAAUUCGGCGUCUACCCAAAAGACAUCACCUGACAUCGCGAGUACAUCUUUGUGAAGAAUAUAUAUCACAAUGGAUAUAUUGGCAAAUUAUCACCCGGUGUUUAAAGCGUUCCUCGCUGGAUCCUUUUCUGGGACCUUCAGUACGAUACUGUUUCAACCAUUGGACCUUGUGAAGACCAGACUACAGAAUCCUACCCACAAUGUUGUUGCGACGACAGUCAGUGGCAGAAUCCAACCCGGCAUGAUCACAACCUUCCUUAACAUCAUACGACAGGAACAAAUAAUAGGGCUGUGGCGUGGUAUGGUACCAUCUAUAGCCCGUUGCGUCCCCGGCGUGGGGCUAUACUUCUCAUCUCUCCAUUGGUUGAAGACUAAAUUGGGGAAGAGUAGACAAGAUCUAACUGCCAUGGAAGCGAUUGCCCUAGGAGUCGUUGCUAGGACUAUGAGUGGCGUGGCGUUGAUACCAAUCACUGUUAUUAAGACCAGAUAUGAAUCAGGCGUGUACAAAUACAAUAGUCUUAGUGGAGCUCUCAAAGCGAUAUACAAAGCAGAGGGCAUCCGAGGUCUAUCCUGUGGCCUAGGACCGACACUGGCUAGAGAUGCGCCAUUCUCUGGCCUUUAUCUCAUGUUUUAUACACAGUCGAAGCAGGCUGUACCGAAAGAAUGGCUUCAAUCGCCGACUGCAUCUAGCGGAAUCCAUUUCACAUGCGGGGUAUUAGCUGGAAUUGCUGCGUCACUUGUCACAAACCCAGCGGAUGUUUUGAAGACAAAGAUGCAAUUGUAUCCAGAGAAAUUCCCCAACUCAUUCAGUGCCGCCAUGUAUGUACAUCAGACCUACGGAUUUCUGGGGUUCUUCAAAGGAGCAGUCCCAAGAAUGGUUCGUAGGAGUCUUAUGGCAGCAAUGGCUUGGACGGUGUUUGAGGAAAUAACUCGAUCUAUUGGCUUAAAAUAAACGCUUUUUUAAUUUUCCUUAAGAGAUGAGCUGGUAUAUGUUCCUACUUUUCCAAAUUUUUUGGGCCCAGACAUGAAGGGGCAUUGUUUGUUUGUGUUAUUUUUCAUACUGUUUUUGUGUUAAGACGCCUGUAGAUAGAGUUUAGCUAAGCUUUAUAUACAAAACUUUGUUAUAGAAUAGGGAGUACAAUGUGAUAUCGUUAUAAAAUAAAGAUUAUAUGAAUUA